AUGAAGGCAAACGUCCACGGAGAGCGACACCCUGCCUGCACCACCCGUGGCUUUGCUAUCCGGGAUCCCCCUGAGCAACGUCCGACGACGUGCAGCCACUGCUCUCCAGCCCUGUCCUCAUCCAAGUGCCCCGGGUACGACGGUCCCACGGCGUUCACUUUCCGAGAGGCUGAGACUGCCUCCUCUGACGCCUUUUCCCCCUGCCAUUCUUUCGCCGGCUCUGAUCUCCUGCUCCGCGCAGAGCCCGCUCCAUCCCACCUUCCCCUCCGCUCAUUGUGCCGCGGCCCCGAGUCCCGCCGGCAGCGCGCUGCCACCCCCGCACCCUCCCGGGGUCCCGAGCGCCUCAGCUCGCGGGGAGAGCUCCUUCUUCGAGUUUCCAACUCCGAUCGCUCGAAUCGCCGCGGCUCCGGGGCUAAUCCCCGUGGAGGUCAGGCCGCUCAGAGCUGCUCUCCCUCCCUCCCCUCUCUGCUUUCAGGUCGCAUUUUGGACAUCCCUUGCAAAGUGUGCGGGGACCGCAGCUCCGGCAAGCACUAUGGGGUGUACGCCUGCGAUGGCUGCUCGGGUUUCUUCAAGCGGAGCAUCAGGAGGAACAGGACCUAUGUCUGCAAGUCGGGAAAUCAGGGGGGCUGUCCGGUGGACAAGACGCACAGGAACCAGUGCAGGGCCUGCCGGCUGAAGAAGUGCUUGGAAGUCAACAUGAACAAAGACGCUGUGCAGCAUGAACGGGGCCCACGUACAUCAACAAUACGGAAGCAGGUGGCCCUCUACUUCCGCGGACACAAGGAGGAGAGCAGCGGUGCCCCACACUUUCCUGCUACUGCCCUGCCAGCACCUGCUUUCUUCACUGCUGUCUCCCAGCUGGAGCCCCAUGGCCUGGAACUGGCUGCCGUUGCUGGCACCCCUGAGAGGCAGGCCCUGGUGGGCCUGGCGCAGCCCACCCCAAAGUACCCACAUGAAGUCAAUGGUACCCCCAUGUAUCUCUACGAGGUGGCCACUGAAUCUGUCUGUGAGUCAGCAGCCAGACUUCUGUUCAUGAGCAUCAAGUGGGCCAAGAGUGUCCCGGCCUUCUCCACCCUGUCCUUACAAGACCAGCUGAUGCUUUUGGAAGAUGCUUGGAGAGAACUGUUUGUUCUAGGAAUAGCACAAUGGGCCAUUCCAGUUGAUGCUAACACUCUACUGGCUGUAUCUGGCAUGAACGGUGACAAUACAGAUUCUCAGAAGCUGAAUAAAAUUAUUUCAGAAAUACAGGCUUUACAGGAGGUUGUGGCUAGAUUUAGACAACUCCGGCUAGAUGCUACUGAAUUUGCCUGUCUCAAAUGCAUCGUCACUUUCAAAGCUGUGCCGACACACAGCGGGUCCGAGCUGAGGAGCUUCCGGAACGCCGCUGCCAUUGCCGCCCUCCAGGACGAGGCCCAGCUCACCCUGAACAGCUACAUCCAUACCAGGUACCCUACACAACCCUGUCGUUUCGGAAAACUUUUAUUGCUUUUACCAGCUUUACGUUCUAUUAGUCCAUCUACAAUAGAAGAAGUGUUUUUCAAAAAGACCAUUGGGAAUGUACCAAUCACAAGACUGCUUUCAGAUAUGUACAAAUCCAGUGACAUAUAAAUUUCCUUAAAACAAACGAUCAGGAUGGACAGUUUGAGAAGAACUUUUAUCUAUGGAGAAUAAGCCUCAACUAACAAAAUCUACAGGAAGCAUAAGCCUGGGAAUGUUUAGCCUUUAAACCCAUUGACAAAAAAAUACCCCAGUAGAUAUGAUUCUGCUGCUCUGAACAG